AUGACGGCGACUACCACGACCACAACAACCAGAAGUCGCAGGGUGGAUGGCCAAAUCAAGACGGCCGGGCCUGCGUAUCCCGACAUUCAAACCAUCAGGAACGCAAUUCCUCCGCAUUGCUUCCGGCCGUCGACUCUGCGUUCACUAGGCUAUGUCGCGCGGGACGUCGCCAUGGCGACGGCACUAGGUUGGGCAGCCCUUACCUAUAUUCCCCAGAUGGAGCCCUUUGUUUUGCGCACCACGGCCUGGUUCGUCUAUGGCUUUGUUCAAGGCCUCAUCUGCACUGGUAUUUGGAUUCUGGCGCAUGAGGCUGGCCACGGAGCCUUCUCGGCGCACCGCAAACUCAAUGACUUCGUGGGCUGGGUUCUGCACUCCGCUCUGUUGGUUCCCUACUUCAGCUGGAAGUUCUCACAUCAUCGCCAUCAUCUCUUCACGGGCCACAUGGAGAAGGAUAUGGCUUUCGUGCCACAUACCAAGGAGGACCGCAAAAAGCGCCGCCUCGCCGACUUGUACCUUGACCGGGAGCUGAUCGAGGACGUGCCAAUUGUUCAGCUCGUCAAGUUGCUUCUUCACCAACUCGCCGGCUUCCAGAUGUACCUGCUCUUUAACGUCUCGGCCGGGAGCAACAGUCAGCAACGCAAGGCUAGUUGGCUACGCGUCAGUCACUUCGAUCCAAAGAGCGCCGUCUUUCGCCCCAGUGAGGCCGGCUAUAUCGUUCUGUCAGACAUCGGCCUCGCUAUUGUUGCCACAGGCCUGUAUUUCGCUUCAAAUGCAGUCGGCUGGAAGACGGUCUGUCUUCUGUACAUUGCCCCUUAUUGUUGGGUUCACCAUUGGUUGGUUGCCAUUACCUACCUUCACCACACUCACCCUGAGGUCCAUCACUUUGAUGCCGAGAACUGGACCUUUGUCAAGGGGGCACUCGCCACCGUGGAUCGUGACUUUGGCUGGAUCGGCCGCCAUCUCUUCCACGGCAUCAUCGACACACAUGUCGUGCACCAUCUUUUCCCCCGUAUCCCCUUCUACUACGCAGAGGAAGCCACUGAAGCAAUCAAGCCACUUUUGGGUGAUCUUUACCACCGUGACGAGCGUUCUUUCGUUGGGCAGCUGUGGGCGUGCUUCACCAAGUGCAAGUAUGUCGAGCCGGAUCCGAACGUGCCUGGUGCGCUGAUCUGGGCCAAGAAUUAA